AUGCAGUUCACCACUGUUCUCGGACUCUUCACUGCCCUUGGCGGCCUUACUUCUGCUCUUCCUCACGCCAUCCAGCGCCGUGACGGCGGCGGUGUCGGAAUCACCAACAACAUGCAAAAGGACAUCUACCUCUGGUCCGUCAGCGACACUACCGGCGACAAUAUGAUCACCUUGAAUGCCGGCGGCACCUACUCUGAGAGCUGGCGCACCAACCCCAACGGCGGCGGCAUCUCGAUCAAGAUGGCCAUGCAGCCUGAACAGACAGACGUUCUGCAGUACGAGUACACUCUUCAGGGCGACACCAUCUUCUGGGAUCUCUCUUGCAUCGACAUGGGCACCGGCUCUGCUUUUACCACUGCGGGCUUCGAUGUCUCUUCCAACGAGGGCAGCUGCCCUUCUGCCUCUUGCGCCCCUGGCGACUCUCAGUGCGCUGAUGCCUAUCUGAUCCCCACUGAUGACCACGCCACCCACGGCUGCCCUUCUGGCACUCAGAUGUCUCUCAACAUUGGCUCUGCAAGACCAGUCAGAAUGGAUCGCCUCGCCCAGGUGUCUUCGCACCUCAACUUCCCUCGCGGCCUCUUUGCCGGGCAAACCGCCAUCAUCACCGGCGCCGGGCAGGGCAUCGGCGCCGAAGCAGCACGUCUGUUUGCCAACGAGGGUGCCAAAGUCGUUGUCGCCGAUAUUGACGAGCAAAAAGCAACCACCGUCGCAAAUGCAAUCAACAGCUCGGCGCCGAACCGCGCGCUCGCUGUGGCCGGCGAUGUCAUGAAUGCCGCAUACAUUGACGAGCUGGUCAAGCGCGCUGCUGAGUUUGGCGGUGGCAAGAUUCACAUUAUUGUCAAUAAUGCUGGGUUUACCUGGGACGGGGUGAUUCACAAGAUCACCGACAAGCAGUGGGAGACCAUGCUUGCAGUACACAACACAGCGCCCUUCAAACUGGUCCGGGCAGCAGCACCGUAUUUCCGCGUCAAGGACAAAGAGCCCCGAACUAUUAUCCAGAUCAGUUCGACCAGUGGAAUCCACGGGAACGCAGGCCAGGCCAAUUACGCCGUCGGAAAAGCCGGCGUCGUCGGACUCACCAAGACCAUCGCCAAAGAAUGGGGUCCGCAGUUUGGCGUGCGCUCCAACACAAUCGCCUUUGGCUACAUCACCACGCGCCUGACCGCGGCCAAAGAAGCCGGCGCCACUAUCACCACUGCCGAUGGAACCAAAGUUGCGCUGGGAAUUCCCGGCAGAAGCACGCAGAAAGAAGAAGUCAAUCCGGAGGUUGCCUACGCAGAUAUUCCGCUGAGGAGACCGGGCACACCGGAGGAGGCAGCCAAGGCGAUUGUCGCCGUUGCCAGUCCGUGGUUUUCCUACGUCAAUGGGGAGACUAUCCGAGUCACUGGCGGUAGAAAUACUUGA